CAAACAUCUUGAGAACAUCAAGGCAUUGGCUAUGAAUUUGGACCUCCAUUGUUGCCAUGGCUAUGAGAAUUCUAGGAUGCUGGGAAUAACGCAGAAAUGAUGUCACAACCGAGUGGAAUCCUUGGAACUCGCACACAGAGGCUUACUGUGAAGGGGUCAAAGAUCAGGGAAUACACAGACAUGGGGUGGUGAUGCGGUGGCCUCUUCCAAGAGCCUCGCCAGUGCAGCCUCCGUAAUGGAGAGGCAUGUGGCUGUGGUUGCUUGGUAACCGCAUGGAGCCACCACCAGUGUUGGCCGCCAUUUCCCAAAUCAUCCUUUGCUGGGGUCAGAUGAGCAAGAGGGGAGCGGGGCCUGGAAUCCGCUCUGUAGUAUGGGCCCCGUUGCCUCCUCUAAUGCCCACCUCUUCUUCCUCGCGAUACUGCUAGUGUCCUUUACGAGGGUGGACUUAGCCAUAGAGCCUUGCCCAACCCCAUGCCGUUGCACCUUGGAGAUCCUCAACUGUAGCAGAAUCAGCAGCCCUCCGGGACUCCACCGCGUGCCUCUCCCCAAGCCGUUUGGCCAUGCUCACGUUUUCUUCUUCUUAGACUUCACUGAUAAUGCGAUUUCUUCCAUUGGGAAACAGGUGUGGAGGGCCUAUCCUUGGGCUGAGUACUUGGUCCUCAAGAGCAACAGCCUGAGCAGACUUCUGAAUACCUCUCUGGAUGGCUUGCUUUCCCUUACUCACCUGGACUUGUCGUGCAAUAAAAUCCACUUCAUUGAGAAAAACGCCUUUGAACCUGUCCCAUUUCUGCAAUUUAUAAAUCUCAGCGGCAACGUUAUUGGGCGGAUCACGCAAGGGGCGUUUGAGGCCUGGCACGGAAUGCAGUUUUUGCUCAAGAUGGUUCUCAACCAUAAUCCUCUGACGGUCAUUGAAGAUGCCCGUUUUUACAAACUUCCCUCGCUGAAGUUCCUGUAAGUACCUGA